GGCCAUUUCCGGCGGGCAGUGUGGAAGUGGGUGGGAAGAUAUCUGAUCGCCUCCCCUGAGCGAUGGCUGACUUUAUGUGGUAACGGGAGCAUUGGAGAAGCUGGUGAGCGGUGCUCGGGACAUGUCGGCUCUCUCUCUGUUUGCACAGAAAUGUAAUCAGACAACAGUGGAUGUUAAGACAGUGAAGGAGACACGACAGUGACAAGCUUACAAUCGCAGAAAGGUCCUUAUUUCAAGGGACAAAAACAGAAGUUGAUGGAAAAGCUCAGCAGGUCUGGCAGCAUCUGUGAAGAGAAAAUCAAAGUUAACAUUUCAGUGAGAUUCAGUAUCACAGCAGCAAAAGACCCAAUCUGCUUUUCCUUUAAUGAUAAUCGGGUAAUGAUUGAGGGCCGUACAGCACGGAAACAGACGCCUCGGCCCAACUCGCCCAUGCCGACCAGACAGAUCUUAAAGUGAGUGGAUCGUGUGCCACCGCUACACCAUGUACUCUGAGUGGCGAUCUUUGCAACUCAUCAUCCAGAGUGACCGAGGUCACAUGAGUGUUCUGCACAGCUAUCCCAGCAAUGUUGGUAAGGAUGUGGCUAAUGCUGUGGUCCGUCCUCUGGGACAGGGACUGAACAGUUCUUCUGCAACCAGCAAUGAAAGCAUUCUAAAAACCGACAAAGAGGUAAAAUGGACUAUGGAGGUCCUCUGUUAUGGACUGACUCUGCCUCUGGAUGGCGAAACAGUAAAGCUAUGUGUGGACGUUUAUACGGAUUGGAUUAUGGCUUUGGUUGCUCGUCGUGACUCUAUCCCUCAGCCCGUUAUCAAAGAACCAAAUCUAUAUGUGCAAACUAUUCUCAAACACCUACAGAAUCUGUUUGUUCCCCGCCCAGACUACGCUCAUAAUCAGAUCUCACUGUGCAUGAGGGUUCUAGUAGCAGUCCAGAAAUUAGCUCGUGAAUCUGUCAACAUGUCAAGGGAAACGUGGGAAGUUCUGUUGCUCUUCCUAUUGCAAAUUAAUGACAUACUUCUGGCAGCUCCAACAGUUCCAGGAGGACUAGCAGAAAAUCUUGCCGAUAAGUUAAUUGGUGUACUGUUUGAAGUCUGGUUCCUGGCUUGUAUGCGAUGUUUCCCCACCCCACCAUACUGGAAGACUGCGCGAGAAAUGUUGGCCAAUUGGAGGCAUCACCCAGCUGUGGUAGAACAGUGGAGUAAGGUCAUAUGUGCACUGACCUCUAGGCUUUUGCGGUUUACCUAUGGUCCUUCAUUCCCUCCGUUCAAAGUUCCAGAUGAAGAUGCAAUCCUGAUUCCAACAGAAAUGGACAAUGACUGCAUUGCACAGACUUGGUUUCGUGUUUUGCACAUGCUUAGCAAUCCAGUGGAUCUGAGUAACCCAGCCAUAAUAAGCACCACACCAAAAUUCCAGGAACAGCUUUUGAGUGUUAGCGGGAUGGCACAGGAAAUGGUACAACAUCCAUGCCUCAAACAACUGCCUCAAAUCUUCUUCCGAGCCAUGCGUGGUGUCAGCUGUCUGGUGGAUGCCUUUCUCGGCAUUGCAAGGACCAAUAUCAUUCGGGAAAGGUUACCCCCUUAUGGUAUUUCCAGGCCUCGUUCUGAUAGUGCUCCUCCUACUCCAGUCAAUAGGCUAAACAUGCCGCAGGCAAGCAGUACUAUGAACACAACACCCCCGCACAGCAGGAGAAUGCGCUCUGUCACCGUUACAAAGGCAACCGUUAAAACAAGUUCAGGGAGCACUGCACAUCCUCCAAAAGUUACUCAUCAGACAUCCACCACUUCUCCACUGUCCAGCCCAAACCAGACCAGCUCAGAGCCAAGACCUCUACCUGCGCCUACUCGUCCCAAGGUCAACAGCGUGCUGAAUCUGUUUGGCCAGUGGGUGUUCGAUGCAGGAUUAGUUCACUGCAGACUGCAUAAUGGAAUGAACAGAGAUGGCAGUAUGACAGCAUCUUUUAUCCAAAUUCUUCUUUCUUAUAAAUCUUGCAUUACAACUCCAGCAGGACUGGAUGUCCGACGGAAACCCUCGCAGAUAUCCACUGAAAAUAUGGUUGCCAAUCCGCUGUUUGAUGCCAAUGAAUUUCCAGAUAACUAUGAAGCAGGGAGAGCUGAGGCCUGCGGAACAUUGUGCCGAAUUUUCUGCAGUAAGAAAACUGGGGAAGAAAUCCUUCCGGUGUACCUGUCCAGGUUCUAUAUGGUACUGAUCCAGGGACUGCAGAUAAAUGAUUACAUUUGCCGUCCAGUUUUGGCUAGUAUCAUCCUGAACUCCCCCGCUUUGUUUUGCUCUGAUCUGAAAGGCAUCGAUGUUUUAGUUCCUUAUUUCAUUUCUGCAUUAGAGACAAUAUUGCCUGACCGAGAACUGUCAAAGUUCAAAGCAUAUGUAAAUCCCACUGAACUUAGGAGAGCAUCUAUCCACAUUCUGCUGUCAAUGCUGCCGCUUCCCCAUCACUUUGGGACAGUUAAAGCAGAGGUUCUUUUGGAAGGAAAGUUCAGUAACGAAGAUUCUUCAUUACAUGACAAGCCAGUUACCUUCCUUUCUCUGAAACUGCGGCUUGUCAAUGUGUUAAUUGGUGCCCUACAGACUGAAACUGAUCCUAACAAUACACAAAUGAUUUUAGGUGCCAUGUUAAAUAUUGUUCAAGAUUCUGCACUUUUGGAAGCAAUUGGUUCUCAGACCGAGCUGAGUGUUGGUGAUAGCACUCACAUAUCAUUCAAGAGUCACAGUCGAAACAGCAGUGGCAUCAGUAUGACCAGUACGGGUAGCUCGGAGGCCACAACACCAGAUAGUGAAAGACCAGCACAGGCUCUUCUUCGGGAUUAUGCUCUUCAUACAGAUACAGCAUCGGGACUACUGAUUCGUAGUAUCCAUUUGGUAACGCAGCGACUGAACUCCCAGUGGAGGCAGGACAUGAGCAUCUCAUUGGCAGCACUCGAAUUGCUCUCCGGGUUAGCCAAGGUAAAGGUGAGCGUGGAUUCAACAGACCGAAAGCGUGCAGUUAGUUCAGUGUGCAGUUACAUCGUGCACCAGUGUAGCAGACCUGCUCCAUUUCAUUCCCGAGAUCUACACUCCAUGAUUGUCGCAGCCUUCCAGUGUCUCUGUGUCUGGCUCACAGAACAUCCGGAUAUGCUAAAUGAAAAGGAUUGCCUGAUAGAGGUGCUGGAGAUUGUUGAACUGGGGAUCUCGGGGAGCAAGUCUAAAACCAGUGAUCAGGAGGUGCGGCACAAGGGAGAUAAGGAGCCAAACCCUGCUUCGAUGAGAGUAAAAGAUGCUGCUGAGGCUACGCUGACAUGUAUAAUGCAGUUGCUCGGAGCAUUCCCCUCUCCCAGCGGCCCUGCCUCACCAUGCAGUCUUCUCAAUGAAGAGACACUAAUCAAGUACUCCAGGCUGACCUCAACCAGCAAGAACCAUUUCCGGUACUUUGUCUUGGACAACAGCAUCAUCUUAGCAAUGUUGGAGCAGCCACUGGGCAAUGAUCAGAAUCCUUGCCCCUCAGUUACUGCCCUGAUCCGGGGAAUGUCUGGGAGACAUGCGUGGACCAUGCAACUCCAUCACCAGCCAAGGGGGUCUCGAGCAAGCCAAAAGGCAUUCGUUCCUGAGCCUCAUCCUCCACCUAAGGACGACGUGGGGAUCAAGUACAAUGUCAAACAUCGGCCAUUCCCUGAGGAAGUGGACAAAAUUCCAUUUGUAAAGGCUGACCUGAGCAUUCCUGAUCUGCAUGAGAUUGUAACUGAUCAGCUGGAAGUUCAACAUGAGAAGCUGAAGAAAUUGAUGGCCAAACAAAUUCUCUAUGAAAAUGCACUGGAAAAGAUCAGUGAAGAGAGACUGUCCAAGACCCUGUUCCCUGAUCCAGUCACUGAAUGCAUUCCCCCUCCUCCUGCACAGGAAUUCCAGACUGCUCGACUUCUGCUUUCACACUUUGGUUUCCUAUCUUUGGAAGCAUUGAAGGAGCCAGGUAAUAGCUGCCGUCCUCCUAAUCUUAUUGCACUUGACUCUACUCUUGCUGGAUUUUUUGAUGACAUUGGCUACUUGGACUUGUUGCCCACCAGACCUUUUGAAACUGUCUUCAUAUUUUAUAUGAAAUCUGGACAGAAAACCAGCCAGGAGAUUCUGAAGAAUGUGGAAUCCUCCAGUAACGUGCAGUCUCAUUUCUUGGAAUUUCUCCUGUCGCUGGGAUGGCCAGUGGAGGUUGGAAAGCAUCCAGGCUGGACAGGACACGUAUCAACCAGCUGGCUAAUUAAUGCAUGCAGUGGCAGUGAGGGGAAAGAACAAGAGGAAGUGGUGGUGCCAGAUGAUACUGGAGGAGGUAUUUUUAAUGGAGAGAAGAAAGCUCUGUAUUAUGCUGAUGCCUUGACUGAAAUUGCCUUUGUCGUUCCCUCUUUCAUGGAGUCAUCCACUGACUCCUCAGAGAGUGGUCUCACAUCACAGGAAACAGAGACACAGAUGGACUUAUUGCCAAGCCUCCUGAAACAAACCCCACUAACCUUGGAGCUCUUCCCAAACCAUUCUGAAAACCUUAGCAAUUCGCAAAGGCUGAGUCCUACACAGAAAUCAAAGAGGUUGCCACUUGGACGCACUGUCCCUCCACUGGGUCCAGAAACAAAGGUCAUUGUUGUGUGGGUGGAACGCUUUGAUGACAUAGAGAAUUUUCCUCUCAAUGAUCUUCUGCCAGAAAUCAACACUGGAGUAGAGACCACUACAAACAGCAGCACCUCUCUCAGAACCACCACGUCAGACAAGGAUGUGCCGGUCAUUUUCAUCCAUCCCCUGAAGACUGGUCUCUUCAGAAUAAAAGUUCAAGGGGUUACAGGGAAGUUUAGCAUGGUGAUUCCAUUGGUCGAUGGAAUGGUAGUGAGUCGGCGGGCAUUGGGGUUUUUGGUCCGCCAAACCAUUAUAAACAUCUGCCGAAGGAAGAGGCUUGAGAGUGACUCCUACAACCCUCCCCAUGUGAAGAGGAAGCAGAAGAUAGUGGAUAUAGUCCACAAGUACCGCAACAAGCUCCUGGAGCCGGAGUUUUACACCUCACUGUUCCAGGAAGUGGGGCCAAAAUCUCUGAACCCAUAGACACACUGAGAUCUUUGCCGAGAGUAUUUAUAAGCUAUUUUACUACUUAGUCAGGCACUUGGCUACUUGCGAAUGUGAUGUUAUGCACCGACUGGUAUCCAGAGCUCUGGAAAGCAGUAUAUCCCAGCUGGUUCUGUGUAAAUGUGUAUUAAGGACGUAAUGUUGAUUUUUGAGAAAUAUAUAAAACCCAUUUUAUACUGAAUUGCAAGACAGCCUUACUGAACAUAACCGAAUUUCUGUACAAUACUUGAAAUCUAUAUUAUGUAGUGUAUCUUCGAUCAACUGUGUGGCAAGGCGUGCAAUAGUGCUGUACUCUUAGCUCCCAGAUCUUGCACUGAAUCUGACACGGAUAGGCAGUAGCAGAGGAGAGAGUUUGGGGCAGUCUCAAUCCACAUUUUAGUGGGAGUGAUUCCACAGCACAAAACUGCCCUUACAGCUCAUAGUUAGCACUAAAACUAUAAGGAAUAGGGCUAGGGCUUUGAAGGAGGGAGUUAUCCUUUUCAUUUGUCAACCUUGGUCAGUGAUUUUCAUCGUUGAGACACUAAGCCACGUUUAGUUGGAAUCUUAGUUCCAAGUCACACAUUUCUUCUUUACCAGAAAGCACUUGUUCUGGAAUCACCUUGCAGGAAGACAAGCAUUGUACUAGUGCAGUUAUUGGUUUUGCACAGUACCCAGCAUAAACAGUGGGCAUCCAAUUACUUUUUAGUCUUCCUGAUGUCCAGCACUUAUGCAUAUUUGUACUGAAAAGACAUUUAUCAGGCUGUGCUGAUCCAAGAAAAAUGAUAGGAAUGUAGAAGGGGGUAAUCACCAUAAGGAAAUGGAGAGGUACGAGGGUGUGAGGAAAUCCACAUCUAAGAAGGUUUUGUGCAGCUGUGUCUAAACCAGUCCUUGUGCUCAAAUCAUUGAACCAACCCAGAUAAUUUGAGUUCAUAUUCACCAGUGGAAUUGCUUUUUUCUGUCUUGGGCUUUUUUUCCCUGUAGGACCUCACUGCAGUUUUCCCAAGUCUUUCUGUGUUCCUAUCAACUGAAAGUGGAGUCAAAUUUGCAAUUUCUUUCUUCUCAUAACAAAGCUAAAUGAUUAAUUCAUUGUCCGACUGUGUAUUGGUAGUUUGAAUUGGUUCUGCAUUAGUCUUCUCAUGGUGUCUGGAAGCUGUCCUCAGUAAUUCUGCCCUGAAUCUCUAGUUGCAAGGAUUCCCUCUAGCCAGUUAAACUGACCAAGGACAACUGGAGUUCCUGGUCUGUGUGAUGGAAACCACUGACCUCGGCUGUAGUUCAAAAUAAAGUUAUCCUGAAAGUGCCCACAUUUGUUUUAAAGCCUUCCACACACCACACAGAAUUGUUUUUAUUUUGUUCAUUAAUCACGAAGCAUUUAAAAUAUUUUACAGGUUUUAUUUUUGUAUUCCAUUGCUUUUGUCAUUGCCGUUUGAGGAAAUAAUGGUUAUUUUUAAAAUCGCGUCUUUGUUCCCAA